UAUCUCGAAGUUACGCGCUAACCGUCAUUCGAUGCGGACUUCUCAUAUCGUCGUUGACAGCCGGAUCGACAGAGGGGAGAGGGGAGUAUCGUGCGUGCGUGCGUGCGUCCGUAAAGGCGGUCGAGUGAUCUGCGAAUACGCGAGUCGCUAAGCGUAUCUCCUGAUAAUCCUUGACACGCAUUAUCUUGUAGAUAGAUAUUUAUAUUUGUGAACGAGAAAAACUGCGCAGGAUACCAGAGCCAAAAUGACAGAGUCGGAGAAUAUUUUCUUGUUCGUGCCCAAUAUCAUCGGUUUUGGCAGAGUAAUUUUGGCGCUAAUUUCCUUUUACUUUAUGCCUACCAAUUAUGUUAUUGCAUCAUGGUGUUACGUGGUCAGCUCAUUGCUAGAUGCGAUAGAUGGCCAUGCGGCAAGAUAUUACAACCAAAGCACAAAGUUUGGUGCAAUCUUGGAUCAGCUGACGGAUAGAGUUGGCACAAUGUGCCUUAUAGUCACAUUAUGCUUAUUCUAUCCUGCCUAUAUCUUUUGGUUUCAAUUGAGCAUGUGUAUCGAUAUAGCCUGUCACUGGAUAUAUUUACACACGACUCUUUUACAAGGAAAGACCAGUCACAAAUUUAUCGAUAUGUCUGAAAAUCCAAUCAUGAGACUGUAUUACACAAAUCGCAUAGUACUAUUCUUCAUGUGCGCUGGCAACGAAGCAUUUUACGCUGGUUUAUAUCUUUUACACUUUACUGAGGGACCUAUCUUGGCUGGUAUUGGUCUGUACAAAUUAAUUGUGUAUCUGAGUGCUCCGGUAGCACUUGUCAAAGCUGCUAUUUCUGUAUUACAUGCAUAUGUUUCGUGCAUCAAUCUGAGCAUCAUUGACGUAAAAGAGCGUCAGGAGCGACUUAAAGCGAAUUAAAUCUCUUUACGUACAUAUUACUUACUAGUCAAAUUGAAUGUGAUUUACAGAUCUUCCUAUUCCAUAACAUAUGUAUAUGUUUAUAUAUUUCCAUAUAUAUUUUUAAAAAAUGUUUAAAACUGCAUAGCAAAGAUCUCUAUUUGACUUUAAUGAUAUUUAAUGCAUAGGAAAUAUUAUAUCAUGAAAUUAGAUCAAAAAUAAUGGCCAAUUUCCUUAUUCCUAUUAAAAUAUAUGUGAAAUGUAUACUUUUGCAAAAAAAAAAAAAAAAGAAAAGUUAUUUUUUAAUAAUAUUACAGCAUUUAUUAUAUUAGACCAAUGAGCUAUUAAUGUGUUAUUUCCAGGAGCUUUGAUACUUUUACUUUUGUUAUAGAUAUUAUAAAGUACAAUCUAUCCAUAAUCUCUGUGUUUAGUACUUUUCCAAUAAUGACACAAUUUAGAGGACCUAAUAUAUCUUCUCAUAAUUAAUGUAUGUAGUAAGAUUGCAUCAUUUUAGGGAAUAUUGUAGUCAGCAAUGUGUUGAAUAAAAUAUAAUUUUAAAAAUC